AUGACAAGUUUAAAUGCUUUUAAGAUCAAAUAGAAUAUCAAUGAACAACCAUAUAGAGUUGGUGUAGCUUAGUAACUAUAAUAUUUAUUUCUAGUUGUUGUUUAAUAGAUAAGUGCAAAAGUAUGAAGGGAUAAAAGUUAAGCAUGUUUAAAUAAACAUUAGUUUGA